GCAACAACACCUUCUCCCCAACCGCUGUCGUCGCCAUGCCUCAGAACGAGUAUAUCGAGCGCUUCACCAAGCAGCAUGGUCGCCGCCUCGACCAUGAGGAGCGCACCCGAAAGCGCGCCGCCCGCGAGGGACACAAGGCUUCCGAAAAUGCGCAGAAUCUGCGUGGUCUGCGCGCAAAGCUGUAUCAGCAGAAGCGUCACAAGGAGAAGAUCCAGAUGAAGAAGGCGAUCAAACAGCAGGAGGAGAAGAAUGUCAAAUCCGCCGAGCCCGCCGAGCCAGCGAGCAAGCCUCUGCCCGGUUAUCUGCUCGACCGAAGCAACUCCACCAAUGCGAAAGCCCUCAGCUCUGCGAUCAAGAACAAACGUACUGAGAAGGCCGCCAAAUUCAGCGUUCCGCUUCCCAAAGUGCGAGGAAUCAGCGAAGAAGAGAUGUUCAAGGUGGUCAAGACGGGCAAGAAGACUGCGAAGAAGAGCUGGAAGCGCAUGAUCACCAAACCCACAUUCGUUGGACCCGAUUUUACAAGGAGACCUGUCAAGUACGAACGCUUCAUUCGUCCUAUGGGUCUACGAUACAAGAAAGCCAAUGUGACGCAUCCAGAGUUGGGUGUUACUGUGCAACUGCCGAUCAUCAGUGUGAAGAAGAAUCCACAAAAUCCAAUGUACACGCAACUUGGAGUUCUGACCAAAGGAACGAUUAUCGAGGUCAACGUGAGCGAGUUGGGUCUUGUCACAGCAGGAGGCAAAGUGGUAUGGGGUCGUUGGGCACAAGUGACCAACAACCCAGAAAAUGAUGGCACCCUCAAUGCCGUCCUGUUGGUGUGAGCAAUUCUCUACAACUGCUCGACGCGCUAUUCAACUCGAUCUACGAUCGAAACGUCCCACCAGGCGCACUUCUUCGACCGCGGUCAGCUCCGGAAGGGAGCACUUUAUAGACCCAUCUAUUCUUCUUGUCAAGAUCAAGGAGAUGUGUGAUGGACGGCGCUUCGACUGGUUUGCAACGAACAUGGCUCAAUCAUUCGCCCGCGUUGCGUACCCAGUCAGCCGCCAAGCAGACCUUUGGAGUCAGGAAGACAGGCGACACAUGAGAACCCGUUGAGUGGCGUUCAAGGAGAGGUCCUCUCACCAAGCUGUCCAGUGAUAGAGCGCUGUGAUCUGUACUUUUUGUCGCCUCAAAAGGUUGAAAAUCAAAAGCACCCCUGCCGCCAUCACGUGGUAUAAGAGGACGCACGGCACAGCAUGAAGAAGAGCUCACACUUACACGGCUCACAAAAGCAUUACAUGGCAUGGUCAUCAGUAGUUAGAACGAAGAAAAUGUCAAUGCG